AUGCUGGUGAUUCGUUCUUUUCCAUUCGUCGAGUAAGUUUGGUCGUCACGUCAACCUAACAGGCAACGACCUUUCUAGGUGUCGGCGAGACGACGUGGUGGGGGAAGGAGCAGUAGAAGCGGAAGAGGAAGGGGAAUUGGGUUCCCAGGAAAGCCUCCCCGGCGGAAUAGUCAGAACAGUGGGAGAAUCCUUGCGCCGGAGCUCCGAUAGAUUGGUGGGGUUGUUGUUCUGACGGAGGAGAAGUGGAAUCACGAAAGAAUCCCAAUCCAUGGGGCUCCUCCGAUCCCUCCUCUUCCUCUUCCUCUUCCUCUUCCUCUACUUGGGAAUUGCGCGCGGGGACGACGUCUGGAACGAUGAUGACGGGACCCCGAAAUCUCCUGGCUGCAGCAACAAGUUCCAACUGGUUAAGGUGAAGAACUGGGUUAGUGGUGAGGAAGGCAUAAGCAUGGUUGGGCUUAGUGCUAGAUUUGGUUCUCCCUUGCCAACUCACGAGAAAGAAGCUGUGAAACUGAAUGCUGUUUUGGCAAAUCCAAUAAAUGGCUGUAGUAAUUCAUCGUUAAAGCUCUCCAGUUCAAUUCUCUUAGUGAAGCGUGGGGAUUGCACCUUCACAACUAAGGCCAAAGUUGCACAGGCUGAAGGUGCUGCAGGAUUACUUGUGAUGAAUGACAAAGAAGAUCUCUAUAAAAUGGUUUGCACUGAAAAUGAUACUUCUAUCAACGUUACAAUUCCUGUUGUCAUGAUUCCUAAAUCAGCAGGGGAUGCCUUCCAACAGUCUUUGGCUGCGGGGAAGAAGGUGGAAAUGUCACUGUACUCUCCAAAGAGACCAGUUGUUGACUUCUCAGAGAUUUUCUUAUGGGUGAUUGCUGUUGGCACCAUUGUUUGUGCUUCACUUUGGCCUGAGUUUGUUGCUUGUGAACAAACUGAUGAACGCUACAAUCAGCUUACAAAGAAGGAUACCCACAAUUCUGGAGCAACUGUAAAGGAUGAUUCUGAGAAGGAGAUUCUUGACAUCAAUGCAAAAGGAGCUGUCAUUUUCAUAAUAUUGGCAUCUGCAUUUCUGAUGCUGUUAUACUAUUUUAUGUCUUCCUGGUUUAUUUGGCUGCUUAUUGUUCUAUUCUGCAUUGGGGGCAUUGAGGGAAUGCAUGUAUGCCUAGUGACACUAAUCUCAAGGAUGUGUGGAGGAUGUGGCGAGAAGACAAUUAAUAUUCCUUUGAUUGGUGAAGUUUUGCUAUUGUCAGUUGUUAUUUUACCUUUUUGUGCAGCUUUUGCUAUAUUUUGGGCUGCAAAUCAGCAUGCAUCUUAUGCCUGGGUUGGACAAGAUAUUCUAGGUGUUUCUCUGAUGAUAACCGUUUUACAAAUGGCCCGAUUACCCAACAUCAAGGUUGCUUCGGUACUUUUGAGCUGUGCUUUCAUCUAUGAUAUUUUCUGGGUCUUCAUAUCACCACUUCUCUUCCAUGAAAGUGUAAUGAUUGCGGUUGCUCGGGGUGAUAACAGUGGUGGUGAAAGUCUUCCUAUGCUAUUAAGAAUUCCUCGCUUUUUUGAUCCUUGGGGUGGAUAUGAUAUGAUUGGAUUUGGGGACAUUCUCUUUCCUGGACUUCUUGUUUCAUUUGCCUUCAGAUAUGAUAGACUUAACAAGAAAGACAUCCUGAAUGGUUAUUUUAUUUGGUUAACAAUUGGCUAUGGAGUUGGUCUGUUUCUCACGUAUCUGGCCUUAUAUUUAAUGGAUGGCCAUGGCCAACCUGCUCUUCUUUACCUGGUCCCAUGUACAUUAGGUCUUACGAUUGUACUGGGCUGGCUGCGCAAUGAACUUAGUGAUUUAUGGAACUAUGGCACAUCCCUUCCAAGUCAUGCAUCAACGGAAGCUUGAUGACUGUCAAUUAAAAGGACAAACAAAGGUCCAUGAACCCGUUACCAGCAGGGACUCCAGAACCACCCUGAUUCAGACGAUGACUUCUAUAGCACUGGUGACUGCUGAUAUCCUUCAGCUUUCAGUCUUUUGGUGCUUGUGUUUCAGGUGGUAUGUGCAAGUGCAGAAUAAAAGUUCAAGCUCAAGCGAGGUGAUUGCUUCUUCAGUUACUUGUAACUAUCUCACAUUGUAAAAGGUCUUCCUUGUAUAUCUUGCGUACUGAUUUCUGGCAAGAAAACGAUCUCAAGUUUUCCCUACCAUUUUCCUAUUAUAAGUUAUGAAAUGUAUAGUUCCUCUAAGUAGAUAAAUACUUUGCUAUAGUUAAGUUUGCAAGUAUUUCAUGUAUUAGGAAUUGUUGCUACUAACCA